AUGAACUACAUAAAUAUAUCAUCAUCAUCAUCAUCAUCAUCAUCAUCAUCAUCAUCAUCAUCAUCAUCAUCAUCAUCAUCAUCAUCAUCAUCAUCAUCAUCAUCAUCAUCAUCAUCAUCAUCAUCAUCAUCAUCAUCAUCAUCAUCAUCAUCAUCAUCAUCAUCAUCAUCAUCAUCAUCAUCAUCAUCAUCAUCAUCAUCAUCAUCAUCAUCAUCAUCAUCAUCAUCAUCAUCAUCAUCAUCAUCAUCAUCAUCAUCAUCAUCAUCAUCAUCAUCAUCAUCAUCAUCAUCAUCAUCAUCAUCAUCAUCAUCAUCAUCAUCAUCAUCAUCAUCAUCAUCAUCAUCAUCAUCAUCAUCAUCAUCAUCAUCAUCAUCAUCAUCAUCAUCAUCAUCAUCAUCAUCAUCAUCAUCAUCAUCAUCAUCAUCAUCAUCAUCAUCAUCAUCAUCAUCAUCAUCAUCAUCAUCAUCAUCAUCAUCAUCAUCAUCAUCAUCAUCAUCAUCAUCAUCAUCAUCAUCAUCAUCAUCAUCAUCAUCAUCAUCAUCAUCAUCAUCAUCAUCAUCAUCAUCAUCAUCAUCAUCAUCAUCAUCAUCAUCAUCAUCAUCAUCAUCAUCAUCAUCAUCAUCAUCAUCAUCAUCAUCAUCAUCAUCAUCAUCAUCAUCAUCAUCAUCAUCAUCAUCAUCAUCAUCAUCAUCAUCAUCAUCAUCAUCAUCAUCAUCAUCAUCAUCAUCAUCAUCAUCAUCAUCAUCAUCAUCAUCAUCAUCAUCAUCAUCAUCAUCAUCAUCAUCAUCAUCAUCAUCAUCAUCAUCAUCAUCAUCAUCAUCAUCAUCAUCAUCAUCAUCAUCAUCAUCAUCAUCAUCAUCAUCAUCAUCAAAAGAACAUCGUGUUGAGUAA